UUUAUCUACUGUAUGAACUUGAAGAGAGAGACAGUUCGUGCGUUACAGCUUAACUUUGUGCUUGGAAGGACAGACCUUGCCAGAGUGCUCGCCGGGGGAACGCUGCCCCUUCUUGCUCGCUUUUUAAUUCCCCAAAGGCCUCCCAACUUAGAGUCUGUUCAGAGGGAAAGCUUCCUUGUAUUUUUGCCUCUGGGAGCAGGGGUGCAGCGAGCUGGCUGCGUCCGGUCAGCAUCGGUCCGGGUGAGGCCCAGGAACCAGCCAGCAUCUUCACGUCGUGGCGCUGGUACGGAGUCCACCCGGUGAUGCCGCCUGGGUGGAUGUAGGCUGCCCCAAGCCCUGGGCACGAUGUUUGCGCGAGGGCUGAAGAGGAAGUGCGCGGAGGACGAGGAGGCCGCGCCUGCGUACAGUCUGCAGCGCCAGUCGCUCCUGGACAUGUCACUGGUCAAGCUCCAGCUGUGCCACAUGCUGGUGGAGCCCAACCUGUGCCGUUCGGUCCUCAUCGCCAACACGGUCCGGCAGAUUCAAGAGGAGAUGACCCAGGACGGGAGCUGGUGCGUGCCGGUGCCCCAGACUGCGGGGCGGGCGUCGCGCGACCGCCUGGUGUCCACGGAGAUCCUGUGCCGCUCAGCGCGCGAGGGGGCGCGCCCGGCCCCUGACCCUGGAGACCCGGCCUCUGAGCUCCAAGUGGUCCCAGCAGCACAGGCUCCCGGGGUCCCUCCUGGUGGCGUUUGGGACGGGGACGGUCCUCGAGAAAACAGAGGAAGCUUUCACAAGUCGCUCGAUCAGAUAUUUGAAACACUGGAGAGUCAAAGCCCCGGUGCGGUGGAGGAGCUGUUUUCCGACGUGGAUGGCUCCUACUACGACCUGGACGCUGUGCUGACCGGCAUGGUGGGCGGUGCCAAGUCGGGCCAGGAUGGGCUGGAGGCCUUCGCCUCCACGGCCGCCCCGCCCCCCAGCGCCGGCUGCAAGUCGGACCUGGGCGAGCUGGACCACGUGGUGGAGAUCCUGGUGGAGACCUGAGCCGCGGCCGCGGCACACAGCAGAUGUGUUUGUGAGGCCCACGAAAACAGCCGGCGCGCUGGGGGUGUGGGUGCCCGCUGCCCUGCAGCUGGGGCUGGCCUCUGGUUUGUCUGCGAUUAGGAGACCGGCCCAGAACAGCAUCCGGUCCGCCCGCUCCCCUCCUCUCUCCCUCCCUUCCAGGGCUGGGCUGCUUUCCCGCAGGCCGGUCAUCGCGGCCGCCCUGGGCCCUCGUCUGUGUCCUGCUACAGCCCCGCUGGAGGAUGCCAGCCCCCUUCCGCAUCCAGCCUCAUUCUACUUUAGAUAGGGGAAUUUUCUAAAAUUAAGUUUUAUACGUUUUGGGCAAUAUUUUGUCUUAAGAUAUAUUUUUGAACUUUUUAUACUUUUAUCACUUUAGAUUUUUUUAGCUAUUUUCUUAAAAAUAUAUUUUUUCUAUAAACAUCCUCUGCUGCUACAUUAGAAACUUUUAUAACCUAAACAGUUGCCGUUGGUGUAUUUCAUUUUUUUAAGGUUUAACACACACUGUUCUUUUUCCAACAAGCGCCACUGCCCUGAGUCUGCAGUGUCCAUACAUUGUGAUUUCCGCUUUCGACUCGGGUGUGAGCCUUGCCCGUACGCGCUGGUGCGGUCAGAGCGAGGUCAGAGUUGAAGGCCUUGCACGGCGGUGCCUUCACCAGAUCUGCUGUGCGAGACACGUCUCUGUUAGAGGGUUUUAUUUAUGCCUAUUUAUGUAUAAGUGUCUUCAGAGCCGACGGUCAAGUACUGUCUGCGUGGGGAUCAUGCGUGCCCUGAGGUGUCUUGGGCGGUGCCUCCAGAGGGUCUGAGACUCGGGACCCCUCCUGCGCGGGUUCCCAGCACAGCUGACCUUCCUCCCAAAGCUGCUGCCCUCCGCGUGCCCCUGCCUGGCCGGGCUGCCCGACCCGCGUCAGCUGGGCCCGUGCGCCAGCAUGUUUGGGGAAGGCGCGUGUCCAUGCACCACUGGAUUGGAGAAUGGUGGCAUAAAUUUAAGUCUAGGGUUAAAGAAGUCUGUACACAUGUCAUCUGUGGGCCCUCGAUCUUGAGGGUCGUUGACGGUGGGGUUGGCUGGGUGGUGUGUGUGCCCUGUGCCCCUGCCCCAGGCACCGAGACCGCCCGCGACUUUUAGAUCUUUUUCACUUGUUUACAAGUGAGACUGUAUUCUCUCCGCACGCCCACCCCUCGUUUCCCGUUUCUCGUGCUUUUUCUUCCUUCUCCAGCCCUUAGCCAAAAAGGGUUGUUUUCGUUUGCGCAUAUGCCAUUCUUAGUAUCAGUGGUGUGCACCUCAUUUUAUUAAAAAGUACCCAACAAAGUGGAAAUGUGCUGUCAGUUACCUACCAUGCUGUGGUCCUCGAGUCGGUCUUUUUGCCCUAGUUGAGCUCAGCCAGGCUACCUAAGGCAGACCGUGGGGUUGCGAAGAGCUUCCACGUGGGUUUGUUGGCAGGCAGGCUGUGGGACGUCUUCAUCACCUGACCUCGCAGGGCUCUGAGGCAACUCUCCCCACCCCAGCUCUUGCGGCAGAAGCCAGGUGAGGGACAGCGCCUUGGACUGGGCCGAUGUGGGAGCCCAGCCCGGUCAGGAAGCUGUGGGUGAGAGGCGGGCUGUGGCUCAGCAUCCAGGGGUGGCUUCCUUCCGCGUUUGAAAGGAUUUCCUUGUGGAAAGUAGCUUAAGUGUAUGUUUUAUAAGCAACAAACCUAUAGCGGUAUUUUGUGUCUUUAUGGCAUUUCCAUCUUCUUAAAACAUCUGCUCAGUUUCCGGGCAGCUACGGUGUCUUAUCUGGCAGCCUUCCGCAGCAGGACACAAACAGGGCUCAGGGUGGGGAGCGGACAGCGCCUAUAGCCAGGUCCCCCUCCCCUGAGAGGCUGAGACCCAGCCUCCUCUCUGCCCCUGUAGGGACCCCUCCUUCCUCCCUUUGCUCUUCGGGUUCCUUCCCAGCCACGCACUCUCAUUUCGGCAGCUCCCUUGAGGUGCUGAUGGCCUAGACGUCCCGGGCAGGGCCAGGUGGGGCCCUGCUGGACACCGAUUCCCCUGGAAGCAUCAGAGUUUCUCCAGAGAGGAGCGGAGGCAGGUGGCCAGUUACUGACGAUGGAUUUGAAUUGAAUAUGGAAGUGUGGGGUGGGGUGGGGCUUUAAACUCCCGUGUGCGGGUGGUCACGUGUUUGUAAACUGCAAAAGGAAGGCUGCUGCCUUCACCCCACCACCUCUCCUGGGCUGGUCCUGGGCUCCGGGUAGGGAAGCUGGGUUUGUGGGGAGCGAGUUACGCUGCGUGUUCGCAGUUGCUUCUGAGCACAGCUGAGCUCUGGCCAGCGCCUCCGCCGCCCCACCUCCAUGUCCCGGGAGCACGUGGAGGGAGGGGCCGGCCCUCGAAAGGAAAGACUCUGGAGGGGUUCCCAGCCCUGAGGACAGUUCAAGGUACAAGCCUUGGCCAGUGGCAAGUCCUCACACUGAAACUUCUGAACCGUCGCUAAUAAACAGUCGAGUUAUCUUUAUGGGCAGUACAUGAUUAGAGAUUAUCACACGAGAAGGUGAUUAAAAAGCUCGUAGGCGAUGCAGGUUGAAGUACUGAGAUGUGUCGGGCAGUGAUCAAUCCCAGUUCUGUUACCUUCUGGAGUUACGGAUUCCACUCUAAGCACUGCUGGCGUUGCCUCCCUCCAUAUCUUGAUGUUGUAUUUUCCUUGUCAUUCAUUUUUAGAAUAAAUAUUAUCACGUGU